AUCCUCCCCUCGGCGGACCAGUAGCAGCAACGCCUGGCCGAGGCAUAGCGCACAACGCGACUCGGAGCGGGUACCAGGCGCGCCGUAGGAAGGCCGUCGCAUCCCACAGAGCUCAAAGACGCCCAGGCUUCGUGGCAGGAACCUUGCAGAUUAACCAUCAUGAAAAAGUUCCUGGUGACCUGCUGGAUAGCAGUUUUCCUUAUUCUGCUGCAAACUGAUGUCUCCCUUUCUAAAAAAGGAAAAAACAAACCAGGCGGUGGCUGGAAUACUGGGAGCCAUCGUCAGCCUGGUGGUUAUCCACAGCAGCCUGGCUAUCCUCAGAAUCCCGGUUAUCCACGCAACCCUGGUUAUCCUCAAAACCCUGGGUAUCCGCACAACCCUAGUUAUCCCAGAAACCCUGGCUAUCCCGGAGGUGGCUACCCACAAAACCCUGGCUAUCCCGGAGGAGGCAGCUGGGGCCAUUAUAACAGCAAACCAUGGAAACCUAAGCCACCCAAACCCAAGAUGAAACACAUAGCAGGAGCAGCAUUGGGAGGUGCUGCGGCGGGUGCUCUCGGCGGCUAUCUCUUAGGCAGUGCCAUGUCUAAUAUGAAUUUCCGUUUCAACAACCGUGAUGACGAACGGUGGUGGUAUGCAAACCGAGAUCGUUAUUCCGACCAAGUGUACUAUCCAGAAUACAAUCCAUCCAUGUCACGGGAUGCCUUUGUGAGAGACUGUGUCAACAUCACUGUGAAAGAAUAUACUGAAUCCUCUGGGAACCAAACGGCAGAUGAGACGGAAAAGAGGGUUGUGACCCGAGUGGUACAUGAAAUGUGCACAGAGCAGUACCGGUUGGUGUCGGGCGUUGCUAUUCUUCUCGCUAGCCCUUGCCUGCUUUUGAUCGUCACAUCUGUCAUCUGCUACCUGAUACACUGAAGCAGUAAGGAUGAAGCCUCCACUAUUGCUAUUGACCUCACCCAGACAGGAUAAGAUUUGUAUAAAAGCAACAUUUUUUGUGGAGAACAUAUACUUGCUUAGGCACCGUUUUGAUAAGAAUGUCUGGUAGAGCUGUUACAUCUGCUGAGUGUUAAUGAACAUACCCACUGCCAAGCGUAAGCCCUCCUUUUAAAGCUGUCUGAUUCUGUAUCUCGUGGAACAAAAUGGCUGAUAAGGAAAGAGGCCAAUGCAUUAUUUUUCAGGAGAGGGAAAUAGAUCGUAUCCAGCCAUUAUCAGAGUUAAUUCAGUUUACUAUGACCCAACCUAACUGUUCUUUCUGAUGUAUCCCCAUUACAUGGACUUCUCACUGAAACUUUACUAGCUUUUUAAGCAUCUGUUGCAAUGCAAAAUACAAUUUCACUUUAUUAACACAACAGGCUGAUUUGUAGAAGAGGAAAGCAUUUUCCAAUAUUUUAGUAGCAUCCCUGAGAAUGAUGUCUGGCAUUACUAAGCACAAGGCAUCGAUGUCCUCCACACUGAAUCCAUUUUGAUCUCCCAUUUUUGUUCAAAUCCCAGAAAUAGUCAUGUUAAUAGCAAGGAGGCAAAACAUGUUUGGAAUUUCAGGGCCCAGAGUUCCCUUCCACAAAGACAUGUCUUACACUCGUGGUUUCAUGCUUUAGCAAACGUGGUUGCCAGUUGGAAAGACGGGCUCCACCUUGUUGAGUGGUCCAUGCAUGUGCAAUAGGACUCUUGACUAGACCCACUCCCCUUAAGGUCUCAUGAAAUCUUGGUGUGAAUGCAUCUACCCUGAGUUACUGUAGCAUGAACUUUUCACAGUCAGAAAACCACUGAGUUAAAGUCUGUAAGCAAAGCUGCAAGCACACCACAUACUGCAUGAGCCAGAUUGUCUCAAAAAGUUGCACAGUACUUUCUGCAUCCCACUGAGCUGGUUGUGUAUCCUGGAAGCGGACCACAAAAGAAUGCUUGUUCAACGAACUUGCAUCUCAUUAGUCCCAGUGGUUACAAAAUAUCUCCUUUUGUUUGCUUUUCAUGAAUAUGAACAUAAAUGAACAUUCUAUUAUUAAAGAGAAAUCAUCACGUAAGUCAUGAAAAAACGUCUAUUAAAAUAUCAACUAGCCAUAACCGUUGUAUCUAGGAUUUCAUAGGAAGUCCCAAAGAAAAGUCAUUUGGUCUGAAGUAUCAGCAGAUGAAUUACAUGCAUGGCCUAACUUUUAUCCAUCGUUUCCAUUAUGGAAGGUUCUGUUCCAUUCCCUACAAUUCACCCAUGCCACUCACUGCCUGAUGAUUUCAUUUAGUUAUGUAUAUUCCCAGGGAUCUGGGGUACAUCAGAAUCCACAAUAACGUUUAGCAUGCAGGAGUACAGAAUACAGGAAGCUGCUGUAUAUGGAAUCAGACUAUUAGAACAUAAGAAGAGCCCUGCUGGAUCAGACCAGUGGUCCAUCCAGUCUAGCAUCCUGUCUCACACAGUGACCAAGUAGUUACUCUGGAGGGCCAACAACAGGCUACAGAGGAUGAGGUCUUUUAAUGGGUAUGAACUGUUGAUGCAGAGUCAGUGUUGUCUGUUUAGAUUGAUAGUGACUGUCUAGGUCUCACUGAGAGGUCUUUCAAAUCCCCUAAUACCUGAUUCGCUUAACUAGAGACACUGGGGACUGAACUUGGAACCUUCUGCAAGUCAAGCAGACGCUCUACCUCUGAGCCACACAGCUCCUUCCAAGUUAACUUCUAUCCAGUCGCUAAAUAAUUGACUAUGAUGCCUGAAAACUAGGGACCCUACCGAACUUACUGGAAUAUGUUGUAGUGACUUUGCUGAGAUUUGAAUCAUAUUAAUAGCUAACCGCACAUACCAGAGUUGUUCCAAAAGUAAUCUAUAAGGGUAACCUUAUUGAGAGCCAGCAUGGUGUAGUGAUUAAGAGCAACCAACUCUAAUCAGGAGUACUGGGUUUGUUUCCCCACUCCUCCACAUGAAGCCUGAUGGGUGAUCUUAGGCCAGUCUCUGUUCUGAUUGGA